CCCCCCCCCCCCCCACGCCGGCUGAUGCGGGCCCUCGCACGCGCCGCCGCGAUCCUCCGCCGCGUGGCGGCCGACGCCGGCCCGCGCCUUUCGAAGAAUUUGCCAGCUCUCUGUUUCAAUGGGUAUUCUACUCUUUUGGCUCCGGCAAACGAAGUGCUAAUUCCACCAGAACUUCUAUCAAGCAAGACUGUUUGGACACCAGACCGGGAGCUCGGGCAGUAUGAAGACCUGGUAGCAAGGGUGACAAACUUCCAUAAUGAGGACAAGGGCUUCAUGGUUUUGGAUGGUGAUGUUUUUGAUGUUCCAAUCAGGAAGGAUAUUGUUCACCGAGUAGUAAGGUGGCAGCUUGCUAAAAGACAGCAGGGGACACACUCAACUAAAACUAUCAGUGAAGUCAGUGGCACAGGAAGAAAGCCAUACAAGCAAAAAGGAACUGGAAGAGCACGGCAUGGAACGUUGCGUGGUCCUCAGUUUCGUGGUGGCGCAACCAUGCAUGGGCCUAAACCACGAAGCCAUGCAAUCAAGCUGCAAAAGAAAGUACGACGGCUGGGACUUAAGAUAGCCUUGUCUGCUCGAACUGCUGAGGGGAAGCUCUUGGUCUUUGAGGACUUACAAGUCCCUAGCCACAAGACGAAAAACAUUGUGCAAUACAUUAGCCAGAUGGAUGAUACAAAGAAGGUUUUAUUGGUGGAUGGAGGUGAUAUUGAUACGAAGCUAAAGCUGGCCACUCAAAACCUUCACUAUGUGAAUGUCCUUCCGGCCAUUGGCCUCAACGUUUACAGUAUCCUCCAGCAUGACACCCUUGUAAUGACUCAAGCCGCUAUCAAUAGAAUUGCUGAGCGGAUGCACAACCCCAUCAACCGCUAGCAAGGAGGGAUUCUAGUCUGAGACCACUGUUUUGUAGCAACUAGUAACUGGGCUUUUAAUGUUUGAUCCCCUGAAGCUACAUGCCUGCCAGUUUUCUGUGCUGGUGGACGACAAUAGCUUGAACAUCAAUUUUUUCUCUCUUCUCCAAAUGGUGUUUUUACAUGAGCUGGUCAUUUCAGUGACCUGAAAAGUUCUGUCAGAUCUACUGUAUCAAACUAGAAAGCAAAUGGGGCACCCUUGCAUUGCUUCUAGGAUUCGCAAUAAGAUGAAUCUUGACAAACUUGGGAUAUGUUAUUAAUAUAGGAUUUCCAGUGACCGCAA